AUGCCCAAAGAAUGCUAUGUUCCAUGGUCAGUGAAGACGUCCUCAUCAUCUCACUACCAUGAUGCUGAAAACCAUUGUGCUAACUCGUCAAAAUCCAUUGAACCCUUACUGAAGAUUAAAAUAAGUAGACUAAAAGAUGGCUCAAGCAACAAUUUGGAAAAGAGGAGAAGCACAGUUUUGAACCAGGGUUGUGAUUCUUCCUCUUGCAAAACAAAUGAAACAAACGAGUUCUGUUGCAGAAUUGCUGCAAAUGAAAAUACAAUUGAUGAUAGUGAAGAAACGGAAAAAGAAGAAUUAGACGAUGGUGAUGAUGAUGAUGCUGUCAAUUUUGUUUCAUUGAGUUUAGUCAACAACAACAUUUCACACAGUAAGAAAAAUUGUUUUUUGAAAAAAAAGUCUCCUGUGAAGCCAAAAAUAAAAGUAAAGAAUUUGAAAAAGUUUUCACUGAACAGAGUUUCCAUGUUUGCUAACAAAAAUGCCAGCAAAUCUUUUAAGGAUCUUGGCAGUAAGCCUUUUAAAUUGUUGAGUAGCAAAUCAGUUGGCACAAUGACUGACGUUAAUUUACUGGGACCCUGCCAACCAGGCACUUUUAUAAAAAUGCCCGGAUUCAUCUGGACUGACUCAGCACAGAAUGGUUAG